AUGAGCCCAGCCUCUGUGACUCUGGCCAGUGCCCUGCAGAUCAGGGGAGAAGCUCUAUCUGAGGAGGAACUCUGGUCCCUCUUGUUCCUGGCUGCAGAGCAACUCCUAGAAGACCUUCAGGAUGAUUCCUCGGACUAUGUGGUUUGCCCCUGGUCGGCACUGCUCUCUGUGGCUGGAAGCCUUUCUUUCCAAGACCAUAUUUCUCACGUAGAGGCUGCUCCUUUCAAAGCCCCUGAACUGCUACAGGGACAAAACAAUGAUGAGCCUCCUGAUGUGUCUCAGAUGCACGUCUAUUCUUUAGGAAUGACCGUCUACUGGUCAGCGGGAUUUCAUGUUCCACCAAACCAGCCUCUGCAGCUCUGUGAGCCUCUGCACUCCAUUCUGCUAACCAUGUGUGAAGACCAGCCCUGCAAGCGGUUAUCGCUGCAGUCUGUUUUGGAAGCAUGUCAAAUUCAUCAGCAAGAAGUGACUAUAUACCCAGCACCUGCUACUCUCCACAUUAGACGGCUGGUUGGCUUGGUCCUGGGUACCAUCACCGAGGUGGAGAGGAGCAUUGUGGAUGAGAACACCCCUGUACAGCAGCAGGGCAGGAGCUACCUGCUCAGGAAGAGACUGCAGCAGGCUGUGACCCGUUGGUCUUCGCAUCCCAGAAGUGAGUGUGUUUCAGAGAGAAUCACAAAGAUCCAGAGCUCCAUGGAGCCCCAUUCCAGCACCUUGGUACACAGUCACUGCAGCCCCUUUGUUAACAGCACUCUUCCCACUGAGGUCCCCGAGGAACUUCAGGAGAGUCGUCAAUUCAGCUCUGGAUCUGCGUUCUCUGUGGCAGCAGAAAACUCACGAGCAGCCAUUCCUUUGGAAAAGGGUCUUCGGCAAAGAAAAGAAAAGUUUUCCAGGCCUGAAUUCAUCCGUCUGGCUAGAGAGGCCCCGGUGACCUUGCAUCUGCCUGGAUCAAUUUUGACCAAGAAAGGGAAAUGCUAUUUGGCUCUCAGGGACCUCCGUGUGGUCCUGCUGAGUGGGCAGUGUUUGGAGGUGAAGUGUGACAUUGAGUCAACAGCAGGUGCUAUCUUUAAUACCAUCAUGUCCUUUGCCAACCUUGGGGAGCUCACCUACUUUGGCUUGGCUUACCUGAAAGGUGAAGAGUUCUUUUUCCUGGACAAUGAAACCAGACUGUGCACGGUAGCCCCUGAAGGCUGGAGCAAGCACUCCCAGAGGAAAACUUCUGCAAGUGAUUUCACCCUCUUUCUGAGGAUCAAGUUCUUCAUUAGCCACUUUGGGCUGCUCCAGCAAAAGCAGACAAGACAUCAGUUUUAUCUUCAGCUCCGGAGAGACAUACUGGAGGAGAAGCUGUACUGCAAUGAUGAGACACUGCUGCGGCUGGGGGUCCUGGCCUUGCAGGCCGAGUUUGGCCAUUAUCCACAGGAGCAGGUCAAGGAGGGUAAAGCAUAUUUUCAAGUUGAAGAUUACAUUCCAGCAAGUUUUAUUGGGAGGAUGACAGCCCCCUGGGUGCAACUAGAAGUCUCAGAAAUGCAUUGUCUUGGUCCUGAACUCUGGGGAGAAGAUGCGGAGCUGGAGUUCCUGAGGGUCACUCAGCAGCUCCCGGAAUAUGGUGUGCUGGUUCACCGAGUUUUCCCAGAGAAGAUACGGCCAGAAAGAGAGAUGGCAUUGGGGAUCUGUGCCAAGGGUGUCAUAGUUUACGAAGUGAAAAACAACAUCAGAAUUGCAACUUUACGGUUUCAGUGGAGAGAAAUUGGGAAGAUUUCUACCUAUCGAAAAAAGUUCACUAUCACAAGCAGCAUCACUGGGAAAAAACACACAUUUGUCACCAAUUCAGCCAAGACCGGCCGAUACCUCCUGGGCCUAUGCUCUGCCCAGCAUGGGUUUAAUGCACAGAUAAGCUCUGGGCUGUCCUCCCGAGUCUUAACUGACUAUGAUAAGUUUGUGCAAAUGGCCAACUUGAAUUCUGCACAACAGGGCCAGGCCAAGCCUCUAAGUUCAAUUCCGAGAUUGUCGUGUUCAGAAAAACUGUUGUUUGUGCCUAAGCUGGAUGAGGCUACUGGAGACCUGCUGAGCACAUCCCUGGAUGACAUCAACAUGGAAACCAGCAAGGAGGCUGGCAGGGAAGGUAUCAGAGGCAGCCCCUCCAUUGGCCCUGAACAGCUAAAGAGCACCUGUAUGAUCCUGAAGCCAAGAAGUUCUGACCCUGUCUGUGGACUGCCUAUUCACAAUGGAUCACAAAAUAACAGAAUAAAGACUUUUGCAGUUGAUCCAGAUAGCGAACUUGUGUGUGUGACACUGAGACGUGACUCAUGUCUUGGUUUUGGUUUUGUCAUUAAUGGAGAAGAUGAUGCAGGCAAAGUUGACACUGGCAUCUUUAUAUCCUCUAUUAUACCAGGGGGGCCAGCAGAAAAAACUAACAAGAUCAAACCAGGAGGGCAGAUACUUGCUUUGAAUCACAUCAGUCUGGAGGGCUUCACAUUCAACAUGGCUGCUAGAAUGAUUCAGAAUUCUGACAACAUAGAACUAAUCAUUUCUCAGUCAAAAGGUAUUUGUGAAAAUACCCCAAGGGAGGAGAAGAAUGGCACAGCUAAUCCUCAGAUCUUCACUACUGAGAGCCUGAGCCAUGAGUACCAGGAAAGUUUUCCAUUCCAUACACAACACCAGGACAAAAUAAUUGAAAAACUAGAAAUGGCUCAGAGUCAGAACUUAAUGGCCAAGCUGAGGACUCAGCUUUCCCCUCUGCCAUUAAAGAAGAUAAAUUCCUCUUGUCCUUCAUCACCUUCAGAAACCAAAGUCAGCAAAAUCUACUUCGUGGAACUGAUUAAAGAAGAUGGGACACUUGGAUUCAGUGUAACUGGUGGCAUUAACACAAGUGUGCUCCAUGGAGGAAUCUAUGUAAAAUCCAUCAUUCCUGGGGGGCCAGCUGCCAAAGAAGGACAGAUCAUGAGGGGUGACCGGCUCUUGCAAGUGGAUGGAUUAAGUCUGUGUGGCCUCACCCACAAACAGGCUGUACAAUGCCUCAAGGGCUCUGGGAAGGUUGCAAGACUAGUCCUAGAGAGAAGAGGACCCAGCACUGCACAGCAGUGUCCUUCAGCUAAUGCCAGCAUGGGAGAUGGACGUGCUACUGUUUCCUUGGUAACAACCUUGUCGGGCAGAUCCACAAGCUGUGUCUCGGUGACAGAUGGUCAUAAGUUCGAAGUCAAACUGAAAAAGAAUGCCAGUGGUUUGGGAUUCAGUUUUGUGCAGACGGAAAGAGAGACCUGCAAUCACCUCAAGAACAAUCUUGUGAGGAUUAGGAGGCUCUUCCCUGGGCAGCCAGCUGAGGAGAAUGGGGCAAUUGCCGCUGGGGACAUCAUCCUGGCCGUGAAUGGGAAGCCCACGGAGGGCCUCGCUUUCCAGGAGGUGCUCCAUUUACUGCGGGGAGCCUCUCAAGAAGUCACGCUCCUCCUCUGCCGGCCCCCAUCAGGUGCACUGUCUGAGAUUGACGAUGGAUGGCAGACACCAGUAUUCCAGGAAUUAACCAGGUCAACAGACACUGACUUGGAGCUGAGCCCCAGCCUAGAUCAGGAAGGCAAUGUGAGAGAAGGUGCCUCACUAGAUACAGGGGAAGGCCUGUGUCUCAUGCCAGAGUCCUUCCAAAAGACCACCAGAGAGGCACACUGGGACCAAGAGACUCCCCUGGAGAGACCUUGGGUCUCUUACUCGACCUGUCCUGGAGAUCACCCUCCUUUAUGCAAAAACCAACAGGAAAUGGAUACAUCAACUCUGGCUACCUCUUUGGAAAAGGAGGUGAGGCAAAACUGCUAUUCAGUUUGUGAUAUCAGGAGACUUGAAAGGUAA